CACACACACAAAACAAAGAUGUCUCUGACUCUAAUGCUGUGGACAUUCGGUCUGCUCGCUCAAGUGUCUCAUCAAGAGGUUCAGUCUCCUGAGUCUCUGAGUGUUAAAGCAGGAGAGUCAGUCUCUAUGAGCUGCACUGGGAACAGCGGAGUUGAUGAUGACAUGAGCUGGUAUCUGCAGAAACCUGGAGAAGCUCCUAAACUCCUGAUCUAUGACGCAAGUGAACUUGAAUCUGGAGUCCCAGAUCGGUUCAGUGGAAGUGGAUAUGAACCUGAUUUUACACUGAACAUUCGUGGAGUCCAGCCUGAGGAUGCAGGAGAUUAUUACUGUAUGGGGGCUUACCGUAGUGGAGUAGACGAGCUGAUUGGGUUUGUAUCACUGUGGCGCACGUUCGGUGGAGGAACUCGACUCUCAGUUGGAACUGCCGCUCGUCCCACUCUCACGGUCCUGCCGCCCUCCAGAGACGAGCUGCAGCAGGGUAAGGCUACAGUGGUGUGUGUGGGCAGUAAGGGAUUCCCCUCUGACUGGAAGCUGAGCUGGAAGGUGGAUGGCAGCAGCAGGAGCUCUGCUGUGAAUCUGAGUCCCAGUGUGCUGCAGAAGGAUGGACUGUACAGCUGGAGCAGCAGCCUGAGCCUCACUGAGAGUGAGUGGAGCAGAGCAACAACCAUCAGCUGUGACGCCACGCACCCAUCCCAGAAUGCAGUGACCGAGAGCCUGAACACACAGCAGUGUGAUGACCAGUGAAACACACAAAGACAUGCAUUAUCAUUCCUUCUAAUUCACACAUACACACAUAAAGGACAAACACCAUAUGUAUACCAAUUUCCGCUGUAUGUUAAUCUUUCUUUAAGCCUGUUGUAACAAAAAUAAUAACAAAGUGUGUGUUUUAUGAAAUAUUUUUUCUUGGCAAAUAAAAGCUUUUUGAAUCAUUA